UUUUACACUUCUGUCAUUUUUCAAUGGAAACUUUUCAAAAAUCCAAUCGAAAACUUUGACUUUCGACCCGCAGUAAUAAUCCGCCCCCAAUCAUUUAACGGAAAGAUGUUCAAAAUCACCCAAAUUGCAUGUAAAUUCGUCCGAAGUCCCCGCGUAUUUUACCCGCUUAUCGCAAAAUCCGCUUUAAAAUCGUACGUGACACAAAGAGUGAGGUUAUAUAAUGACAACAAAUGGCACUACUGGAGCCCCGGGCCCAAUCAGAAAUUAAAUGUGGCGCUCGCGUUGAGUAUCCUCUCGUGGUUGGGAUUCGAGCAGGAGGACGAAGACAAGGAAUCCGAACUUAUUAUGACCCUUAAAAGGGCCGUACUGUGCACCCAACGGGAAGAGUAUGACAAAGCCGAACAAAUGUUACAUCUUGCUUUAAGGAUGGCCCAGCAACAGCAAAACCAACAAGGGAUCUUAUACUGCUAUGACUUAAUGGCCAACCUUGCCUUUGACACUUAUGAACUGGAUAAAGCAGAGAAGUUGUUUGUAAAUGUCCUGCAGCUACUGUUAGGAAAUGGGCUUCCCCAAAAUGACUUGAAGGUGAUUCAUAUCAGCUUAAAGUUAGCCAGGAUUUGCCAGUUAAAAUCAAAUAGUGAAAGGGCAGAUAUAGGAUACAGAUGGUGUUUGGAACAAAUAGAAUCUCAUAAGAAACAUAACCAGGAUGCCAAAGUUUUAUAUGGUGUGAUCAAUGAUUGGUAUGCCCAGUACUUGUUGGAUACUGGAGAUAUGACUAAAGCUUUAGUGCACUUGACUGAGGCUUAUAAUGUUUGUACUGAAAUUAUGGGUGAACAAAGUGAAAAAGUGAUGCUACUACUUAAUGAUCUGGGCAUAACAAGCUUUAGGGCAGAAGACUAUGAUACAGCCGAGAAAUUUCUGAAAGAAGCAAUCACAUUGGGAAGAAAACUGGAUGACAAAUCACAUUUGGGGGUGAUCCAUGCAAAUUUGGGGUUGAUUUUGCUUCAGAAAGGGGUGUUUCGGGAAGCAGAAAAAUUUUGUGUACAAGGGAGAAAGUUAGGUCGUAAAUAUGAUAAUCCCGAGUCUAUAGAACAAUCAAAUUACUGUUUGGAUCAACUUAAACUCAACAAGGAAGAGCAGGCCAAGAAAGCUUAGUGUAUCUGUGAUAAAAAUCAUGUAAAUAUGUAAAAAUAAAUAAAUUUUAUUUUAAAAGUUGUA